UAAAAUCUACCCAUUUUUAUCUUAACGCUGCCUCGGGAAAAAGUUGACUGAUUUGCGUAUUCUGAAUUGAAAAUGACACUAUUUCUUAAAUUAAUACACCGAACCCCGUUAAGGACAUCCAGCCAAUUUUAUGCCUCCAUCUGUAAAUGUAGCACAAAUGCUUCGUUCUUGCAAUAUGGCAAGGAUCCUGGUCCAAAGUUUACUGACACGGAAACUCAAAAACUACUGAAAUCGAUAACCCGUCCUCAGUUGAGCAAGAUAUUCAGAAAACAACCGAGAGAAGUCAAUGUCGUUGAUCACAAAAUGAUGACCACUGAACAAAUCGAAGAACAACUAAAAGCUUCCAUUGAGAAGGCUGAGCAUCUACUACAGAUGCCGCCUAUUGUCAAGAUCCAGCAAGAGUACACCAAAGUAAUAUCGAAAGAUCCGGGAAUUGACUCAUUCAGUGCGAGCAAGUACGUAAUCACCGACAUCACAUACGGUAUCGAUGACUCUGAGCGUAUGAUUGUCGUGAGGCAAGUCGACGGAACGUUGGAAUAUGCUGAUGCAGCGAUUCGUAAACGGAUCAAUCAAAUCUAUUUUCCUCAGCAAGGUCGGAAAAUUCGAUUGCCGCGUAUGUUCGAACCGGAUAAUUUGAAACGCUGUCUCGACCGACACGCAUACGAAUUUGUAUUGGAUCGAAUGUGUGUACAAUUCGAACCCUACGAGCAAGAGUUCCACGAUAUAUCGAGUCAAGUGUUCCAGCAUAUCAACAGCACCAAGCAAUUUGAUAUUCUUCGAUCGACUAGACACUUCGGACCGAUGAGCUUCUUUCUCGCUUGGCAUAAACUGAUUGACGAUUUGGUGAUUGAAAUGGUCGAACGAGACUUUCUACAAAAUGCCGUUGAACUCAUUUGCUUGAUGUACAAUUUGAAUGGCAUUCAGUACGACAAAGCCAUUCUGGACGAACUAGAUCAAAUCAGCCAUUCUAAUAAAUUGGAAAAUGUAGAUGCAUUUUCUAUUGCGAAAGCUGGUUUGGUGCAGGAUUUGAACGAAACGGUUGGAAAGUCUGCCGAGCAGUUCAAAACGGACGAGAUUUGCUACAAAUUUAUUGAUAAUUUUUGCCAGUCGCAUGGCAUCAAGAAGAGUCAGAUUAGCCUGUGCCUACAAUUGUACAAAGAUAGUAACGAGGAGAAGAAACGAUUGCUGGAAGGUUUGAAGAAGGCGCACGGUAUUGUUAGUUAAGAGUGUGCCGUUUUUAUUUUAGAAUUAACAUCGUAAAUUGGAGGUAAGAAAAUGAAAAAUCAGUUUUUUUUCCUAUUAAAGCAACUGAAUGUUUAUUUGGAA